GGCCGGCGGCGGGCGCGGGCCGGCAGCAGCAUGGGGUCGCGGAGGGCCCCCGGCCGCGGCUGGGGCUCGGGCGGACGGUCCGGGGCGGGCGGCGACGGCGAGGACGACGGGCCCAUGUGGAUCCCCAGCCCCGCCAGCCGCAGCUACCUGCUCAGCGUGCGGCCUGAGACCAGCUUAUCAAGCAACCGGUUGUCUCACCCCAGCUCUGGAAGGAGCACCUUCUGCUCCAUCAUUGCUCAGCUAACAGAGGAGACCCAGCCGCUAUUCGAGACCACGCUCAAGUCCCGGGCUGUGUCCGAGGACAGCGACGUUAGAUUCACCUGCAUCGUCACAGGAUACCCAGAGCCAGAGGUGACCUGGUACAAGGAUGACACAGAGCUGGACCGCUACUGUGGCUUGCCAAAAUACGAGAUCACUCAUCAGGGCAACCGCCACACACUGCAGCUCUACAGGUGUCGAGAAGAAGAUGCCGCCAUCUACCAGGCCUCUGCCCAGAAUGCCAAGGGAAUUGUGUCCUGCUCAGGGGUCUUGGAGGUGGGCACCAUGACCGAGUACCAGAUCCACCAGCGCUGGUUCGCCAAGCUGAAGCGCAAGGCUGCGGCAAAGAUGCGUGAGAUCGAGAAGAGCUGGAAGCACGGGAAGGAGGCCGUGGAAGAGGCCGACACCCUGCGCAAGCUCAGCCCCGACCGCUUCCAGCGGAAGCGGCGGCUGAGUGGGGCCGAGGUGCCAGUCCCCUCGGCCCCCACCCGGGAGGUCGAGAACGGGACACCGGUGGCUUGGCAGGAGGGAGAGACGGAGCCUGGUCAGCACCCAGGUUUGGGCCUGAUCAACAGUUUUGCUUCCGGAGAGGUGACCACCAACGGGGAGGCUGCCCCUGAGAACGGGGAGGCUGGGGAGCGUGGCCUGUUGACAUACAUCUGUAAGGCCAUGGAGCUGGGGCCUCAGAGAGCCCCCAAAAAGGAGUCUGGGGCCAAGAAGAAAAAGAAAGAUGAGGAACCUAAGCAAGGUGUGCGAAAGCCAGAGGUAGAGAGGGCAGCUCGAAGCCACCGUUCCUCUGAAAACUGUGUCCCCAGUUCAGACAAGCUUGACUCCUGUGGGACACAGGGGCCCAGGGACAAGGAGCAGGUUCAGACCCGGCCCAGAGGCAGGGCCGUCCAGGGGCCUGGGUCCUCUGGAGCAGAUGGCACCAGGAAGCCAGCCUCUGCUGUGGGUACUCAAGACCAGGCCCAGAAGGCCCCUGUCCCAGGCCCAGACCAGGGAGUGUAUUUCUCCCUGAAGGACAUGUAUCCGGAGAGCACCCAGGCAGACAAGCCUCAGGGGGAGGAGGGGGCCCAGACCCCCAGUGGCAGGACACCUGGAGAGAUGCCCUCAGGGAAGGUAUCCAGCAAAGCCAGAGGUGAGAGGGAGCCUGCUGUCCCUGGCCAGCCCACGCCCUCAGCCCCCCAGCAGGCUAGGCCCUUCAACAGGAAGAGAUUUGCUCCUCCGAAGCCCAAAGGGGAGCCCACCGCCAGCUGCAAGCCUGAUUCUUCCCCAAGUCGAGAUCCAGAACCUGGGGCUCAGAGCUCAGGGAAGGCCCCGCCUCAGGCCUCUGCCCAAGUGCCCACACCCCCCGCCCGGCGGAGACACAGCCCCCAGGAUAGCCCGCUGCAGGGGCAAGCAGGCCACAGGACUCCAGGAAAGGUCCAGGAGUCCCAGGCAACCAUGGCUCCUACCACAUUGGCCAGCAGCAGCUCUGAUACAGUCUCUGCUGGUUGCAGCACCUCCAGAAGUCAGGACAUCAUUGAGCCCAUGGACACAGAAACCCAGGAGGACAGGAGAGCAUCUUCCGAUCAGAACAUUGGAGGCAAGAAGAAUACAGAGGUGGAUAGGAAGAUGCAGGUGGAUGGGAAGACGCAGGGAGACGGAACACAAAGCACCCAGAGGACACAGGCAGAUAGGAAGACACAGGUGGAUGUUGUGACACAAGAAAGUGAGAGGUCAGAGUCAGGCAGGAAUUCCCAGGAGGACGUGAUGGCACGAGGAAAGGUGGGGACCCAGGCAGAUGAGAGGACACAGGCAGACAGAAGGGUGCAGGAAGACAAGGGGGCAUGGUCAGAGGGGAGCAUUCCCACAGCCAUGAAAUGUUGGUCAGAGAAGGUGCCCAUGACCGGUAUCAGCCCACAGUCCAGGGCCCCCAAACGCCCACCUUCAGAGGAUCCUAGGUCCCCUCAGAUUAUUGAAUGCUUUGAACAGACCCCAGAAGAGUUCUCCGUCCCAGACAAACCUGAUUUUAUGCUCAGAUCUGACGAGGCAGCAGGAACAGCCUCCGGGAACCGUGAGGAAACUGUGCCAGGUCCCCUGGUGGGGGGCCUCACACGCAAGGCACAGCUGCCUCCUGAGGGCAGUUUGGAGCAGGUGGGAGGAGAGAGAUGUCGAGGGCCAGAGCAGUCGGGUCCAGUUAAGGACAAGCCCGAGGAGGGCCUGUCCCAGGGCCCCAAGCAGGAACAGCCAGGAGAAGUGCCGCCUGUGGAUCUGGGUGGCUGUUCUCCAGCGGGCCUGAGCCCCCAGGUGCCCACUCUGCCCUCUCUUCCUGGGGCUGGCCUGACUGAUAACUCACAGCAGCCGCUGCCCAGCACCCCGGCUUCUCAGCACAUGAACACAGCUGCCUUCCUACCCUCUGGGGACCAGGCCUCGCUGAGUUCUGCCCCCCCACCGCACCUGGGGCCGGGCACCCCCAGCCGGAGUCACCCGCCAGGAACCAGGGCAGCAGACGCUGAGGGGGCCUGCGCCAAGGUGCCCGGUGUGGAAGGGAGGACUUCAGGCUCCCGGACCUGUGACCCUGGCCUCAUAGACUCCCUGAAGAGCUACUUGCUCCUGCUGCUGAAGCUGUCCAGCUCAGAGACGAGUGGCAGGGGCCCUGGGGCCCAGGGGGAAGCUGCUGCUGGGGAUCAGGCACCCUCACCCUAUCUGGCCCCCAACGUGGAAGUGGCCGGUCUGAGUCCCCGGACGUCACGGCGCAUCCUGGAGCAUGUGGAGAACAACCAUCUGGUGCAGAGCGCGCAGACCCUGCUGCUGAGCCCCUGUACCUCCCGCCGCCUCACCGGCCUCCUGGACCGCGAGGUGCAGGUUGGCCGUCAGGCCCUGGCUGCUGCCCGGUGCCCUGGCCCCAGCCCCCUCUCUAUCCCUGCCAUCGUGGUAGGUGAGGAGGAAGGCCCUGGGCUGACCUCAGGAGGAUCCAGUGAGGGUGAGGGAGAGGUUUCCCUUGAGGGGCCUGGCCUCCUGCCGACCUCCCAGGAGAGCGGCAUGGGUGGGGCGCUGGUGGGGGUGGGUGGGCAGGCAGCCCCUGGGCAGGGACUGCUGUCAGCAGAGAGCGGAGCCCAGGAGCCCUUCCGAGAGGAGGAGAUCCCAGGGGAAGCUCUGACAGAUCUCCCUGCAGCUACGCCCGAGGAACUGGCUCUGGGGGCCCGGAGGAAGAGGUUUCUCCCUAAGGUCAGAGCAGCAGGAGACGGGGAGCCAACCAAGCCCGAAGAAAGGGAGAGCCCCUCGGGUUCCCCCCGGGGGCCCCGGAAGGGCCUUGCACCUGGGCCCCCGGGGAGUCCAGGGCGGGAGAAACGCUCCCCUACUCAGGGCAGAAAGGCAGGCAUGCUGGAGGUGCCGCGGGCAGAGGAGGGGCCGGCAGCAGGAACCCUGGGCUCCAGCCCCAGAGCCAGCGACCUGGAAGCAGAGCUGGCCCUGGAGGAAGGCAAGCAGGGCACUCCGGCCAAGCCAAGGAGAGCCAAAGACCUGCUAAAAGCCCCACAGGUGAUCCGGAAGAUUCGGGUGGAGCAGUUUCCUGAUGCCUCGGGCAGCCUGAAGCUCUGGUGCCAGUUUUUCAACAUUCUUAGUGACUCAGUCUUGACAUGGGCCAAGGAUCAGCGCCCAGUGGGCGAGGUGGGCAGGAGUGCAGGGGAUGAAGGGCCAGCGGCCCUGGCCAUCGUGCAGGCGUCCCCCGUAGACUGUGGUAUGUAUCGAUGCACCAUCCACAAUGAGCACGGCUCGGCCUCCACUGACUUCUGCCUCAGCCCCGAGGUGCUGUCAGGAUUCAUCUCCAGAGAAGAAGGUCAAGUUGGAGAAGAGAUUGAGAUGACCCCCAUGGUGUUUGCUAAGGGUCUGGCUGACUCUGGCUGCUGGGGGGACAAGCUCUUUGGGCGCCUGGUGAGCGAGGAGCUACGAGGGAGUGGACACGGGUGUGGCCUUCGGAAGGCCUCCCAGGCCAAGGUCAUCUACGGGCUGGAACCCAUCUUCGAGUCAGGCCUCACGUGCAUCAUCAAGGUGUCCAGCCUGCUUGUGUUUGGGCCCAGCAGUGAGACUUCUCUCCUGGGCAGAAACUAUGACGUCACCAUCCAGGGGUGCAAGAUCCAGAACAUGAGUCGAGAGUACUGCAAAAUCUUUGCAGCUGAAGCCCGGGCUGCACCUGGCUUUGGGGACGUGCCUGAGAUCAUCCCACUGUACCUGAUCUACCGGCCUGCAAACAAUAUCCCAUAUGCUACCCUGGAGGAGGACCUGGGCAAGCCCAUGGAGUCUUACUGUUCCCGGGAAUGGGGCUUCGCUGCAGCUCCAGCAGCAUCUAGCAGCUCUGAGGCCGUGCAGAAAUGCCAGACCUUCCAGCACUGGCUGUAUCUGUGGACAAAUGGCAGCUUCCUUGUCACCGAUUUGGCAGGGGUUAACUGGAAAAUGACUGAUGUGCAGAUUGCUACCAAACUGCGAGGAUACCAAGGCCUCAAGGAGAGCUGUUUCCCUGCCCUGCUGGACCAGUUUGCCUCUUCCCACCAGUGCAACACCUUCUGUGAGAUGCUGGGGCUAAAACCUCUCAAGGGCCCUGAGGCUGCCCACCCCCAAGCCAAGGCCAAAGGCUCCAAGAGUCCAUCUGCCGGCAGGAGGGGCCCCCAGCUGAGUCCUCAGCCCCAGAGGAAAGGCCCCCCCAGUCCCCAGGGCACCCGGAAGAGUGCCCCAAGCUCCAAGGCCACCCCUCAGGCCUCAGAGGCAGUCGCCACCCAGUUACUGGGACAGCAUCCCAUCCAAGAUGGAGGCUCCAAGGCCCAGGGCAUGCGGUAGCCCCCACAGGAGGCUGGGGGCCUCCACCCAGCAGCAGACCAACAAGGAAGCAGCUCGAACCGACGGAGACGUUCCCGGUACAGGACUAACUGGAGCAGGUGCACUGAGGAGGCACCACUCGGGGCCUCUGCCCGCAGCCUCUCCUCACUCAGCUCCUCAUCAGAUGCUUGGCGCAUGACACCCUGCCCGGUGGCCUCUCCUGGUGCCAUCGUCACCGCGGCUCCCAGGCCCUACCUCCCAGGGCCUGGCAGCCUAGCCCUCCUUGAAGUUUACACUGGCCACUGCUGGAGGCUCCCUGAGUCCUCUGCAUGAGUUCUGCAACCAACCCCUUGCCCCAGGCCCUGCCGUGAAUGUUGUACUCUGGGGGCACGCAGGCCAGCACCUACCCUUUCCCCUUCACUUGGCCCUGAUCCCUCCCUGUCCUCAGGGCUCCAGACUUCCUCUGCAGUGUCUGGCCUGGUGACUCUCAGGGUGUCUUUUCCUUCGAGUAAUUUUGCCUCAUUCAUCCCAGCUUAUCUUGCAACUAACCUGUCCCUGAGCCCGAAUGGGGCUCAGGGCCCUUCCAGAGACUGUCAUAUCCUUGUGCAGUGAUCUUUGGUGAUGUGUGUUCAUGCUCUUCCUUCCCCCAUCACUCAGGCACUCAGUCACCUGCUUCCCAUGCUCCCUUGCACCCUGUCCCCCAUCCCUGGCUUUGAGCCCAAUUGCAGCCUGUUGCCUGCCUUUCACUGAGUUCUGUUUGUUCCCCUGCCCGAGGGCUUCCCUAGCCUGACCCUCACCCUACCCACCAUACCUAGGUGAGGAGCAGACCCUCUGGCCUCUCAGCCCACCCCAGGACACUCCUCCCCUACUUCUCCCAGGCCCUCUGCCCGUGAGGUGAGAGCUGGCAUGAGGGUUGCAUCAGCAGCUGUGGCCAGAGGGAAGGUGUUGACUUUGUGGGACCUUGUGCUCCGUACUGAAAGGAGGUGGGGUCACAGUGAAUUUCACAUCCCCUCUUGACCAGGGAUAGAGGGCUGGGACUCUUCUCCAGAGGGUAUGCACCUGGGAGGUGUAGGAAGAAUGCAGUCCACCCAUGUGCAGGGUGGAGGAGUGUCUCUGUGCCUGGGAAUUAGGAACCCUGCCCCUAACCAUUAGCUCUUGACCCUGGAACUCCAGCUCUGGGCCUCAAUAUAGGUUCCCAAGGAAUUGCUGUGCUCGGCCCAGCACCCUGGGCCCUUCCUGAGAACCUUUCCUUGAGGCCUGGGAUGGGGUGGGUCUGGAGCUAGCCUGCUCCCCUUGGAAUGCAAUAAAGGCAGCAACUGUGUAUCUUGCUCGCCCUUAUCUGGUGUGGUUGUAGGUAUAUGGGGUCAGGGUCCCAUCUCCCCAGGCAGUUCUCUGAAGGCGUCCUACAGUCUCUGGACCCCCUGGAAAAAUGAAUCCAUGUUUUGGAUCCUAGAUCCAUGUUUUGGAUCCUGAGGCAUUCAGCCUCAGCCUUCCGUGGCCACAGCUAGACAGUCUGUGCUUCUUGUACUAAUGGAAUGAUGGCUUGUGCUCCUUACGAGGACUCUUAGGCCUUUGGAAUUGCUCAUUCAUUUGGAAGAGGAAUGCAAAGGAAGGAACCCAGGAAGGAAGAGCAGAGCUGGGGCUCUGGGGAAACGCCCAGUGUCUUUGGCUGCCUCCACUGGGACAAGACCAGCCCGGGGGACGACCAGCUCCUGCCUCUCAGCUACUCACUGACUGUUUCCUGCCUCCCAAGCUGCAGAGGCUUCUGAUUCCCAGCCCCACCCCAUCACCCAGGCCUUUCCUUGCCUGAUCUUUACCCCCCUCCAUUUGACAUUUCUGACUUCUCUACCUCCUCUUGUGCUCAGGUGACUCUGCCCACUUUUUCCUCUUGCUCCCAACUCUCCCAGCCUGCAUAUCCAGAUUGCCUUGGUGAACUGA